AUGUUAAACAAUAAAAGCUCAAUAUAGAUGAGUAAAUCUAACUGUUUCAAUACUCCGAAGUUAUCUUUGGGUAUGUUCUCGAAUCAGCACUCCAUCAUUUCUUAAUUGCUUUCAACCAAAGGAAAAUCGCAAAAUUAAAAGCAUAAGGUGUCAAAAACAACCUAUGAAAUCCAAACAUUGAGAGCAGAUACUCCAAAUUCCCCUAAUAAAUCAAGUCCAUUUAAAAGCAAAUAUCAUUAUAAUACUCUGUCUCUGGUGUCAAAAAUGGAAAGCAACAAAAAUAAUAUUCAGUAAGAAAAACAAAAAAUUAAAGAUAACAGUGCUGAUCUUAGAGAUUUGAGUAUUAGAUUGAAACUCUGCGAAGAUGAUUAAAUCAACAAAAUUCUCAAAAGUCUAAAAUUAAUUGAACAGCAAAUGACACAUAACUAAAUUAGCUAAAGUCAUUUGUAAUUAUGGCAUAAUCAAUUAAACUAAAAUUGCGAUAAAUUAAUGAAAAUUCUAUCUCUUGAACUCAACACAUCCUUCAACUUUUAUUAACCAUCUACUCACAUCGAUACCUAAUUGCAGAAAUAGUUGUUAGAAGAGAGAAAAAAUAGACUCUUGGUUGAAGAACAAACAAGUAAGAUUAUACAAAGUUAGGGAUAAUAAAUAACAUAAUAUAUCGACACAAUCAAAUUACUUGAAUAAAAACUAUUGAAGAGUACUUGA